AUGUUAAAGUCUGCUCCCUGCGUGACAUUCAACAACGGCCUGAAAGUGCCCGUUCUUGGCCUUGGUACCUUCAAGGCCGGUCCAAACGAGGUGGGUGCUGCGGUUUCCACCGCUCUCGAGGCAGGUUACCGACAUAUCGACUGCGCAGCCCUCUACGACAACGAGGAAGAAAUCGGCAAGGCUCUGACCAAAACAUUCAACUCUGGCAUAGCGAAACGCGAGGAAGUUUUCAUCACAACCAAGCUGUGGAACACGGCGCAUCGAGUUGAAGAUGUGAGGCCGGCCUGUGAACAGAGCCUUAAAAGGCUCGGACUUUCAUACGUGGACUUGUACCUUAUGCAUUGGCCAGUUGCCUUUGGGGUGAGUUAA